AUUUUUGUGAAUCAAAUUGGGCCGAUCUAAUAAUGCAUAUAAUAGAUGCAGGAUCUAUUGAUGAUAUCCGAGCUAUAGACUACAGAGGACGACCUCCGUUGGCAGCUUCAUCUACUGGUAAUAAAAAACAACAUCUCAAGGAAUUUGAUUGCCUCAUAACAAGUAUUUUGGGUGAGUUGACAGAAGAAAAUAAAGCAAAGUUAAAAGAAAAAGAGGAGGCUUUAAAGAAAAAAGCCCAAGAAGCGAGUGCAAAGAAUAAGGCUGCAAAGAAGGCCAAAGAAGGUGCAAAACCACCAGCAGCAGGUGCAAAACCACCAGCAGGAGGUUCAAAACCACCCGCAGGAGGUGCAGCACCAAAACCAGCACCUUCAGGUUCAAAACCACCUGCAGCAUCAAAUCCACCCGCUGGAACAAAACCACCUGCAGCAUCAAAUCCACCCGCUGGAGCAAAACCACCCACUGGAACAAACCCACCCACUAAGAAAUAAUAUAUACUUGUAUUUUUUUUAAGUUCAAUUAAAAUAAUAUAUCAUAUUUGUAUAUCGAAAAUUCACUUAUCACAUAUUCUCAUCCAGCAUUUAUAGAUGUUUAUUGUAUGUUUACAAAUGUGUGUAAAGUCUAUAGACUACAGACCAUAUAUUUAUUUUUGCGUAUAUAAAUUUCAUUACAACAGUAAU